GUUCCUUUCUCCCGGCAGCCUCCGACACUCCCUCGCUGACGACGCGUGUUCGGAGAUCCUACGACUAGACCAGAGGGACGCCGACGACCACAAACAUACGACUCUCUCCAGGCUUGUCUCCACACUCCAGCUACUACGGGCGUGGGUGACGAGCAGAAGGCGACGGGAGGAGGAGCGACCUGACAGCUUCCUGGAGAAGAUGGCAAUGGCGGGGCAGGUGCGGGAGGCAGAUGACACCAACCACACCUUCUGCUGCGGCGCUCUCAAGGGCUACUUCGCAAUUGAUACAACCAAACCUGCGCACUACAAGUGGUUAUUGGUAGUAACGGCAGCGUUGCUAUACAACUGGGUUAUGAUCAUUGGUAGAGCGGUGUUCUGGGAGUUGCAUAACCUGAGUCCAGGCUUGUGGCUAGCCUGUGACUACCUCUGUGACGCUGUCUACCUGGUCGAUAUGGUCAUCAGGGCUCACGAAGGUUACCUGGAGCAGGGCCUGAUGGUCAAGGACCCGACCAAGCUGCGCAAGAAUUACGUCAGUUCCUGGGCCUUCAAGGUGGACCUGGUGUCCAUCUUUCCCACAGACCUUGUAUAUCUGGCCACGGGCACACGGUGUCACGUACACGUACCCUGCCCAGUCCUCGUCAGGAUCAACAGACUACUGAGGAUACCAAGGAUGGGAGAGUUCUUCGAUAAGACGGAGACUCGAACCAACUUCCCGAACGCCUUCAGAAUAUGCAAGGUGGUGCUCUACAUCCUGGUCAUCAUCCACUGGAAUGCCUGCUUCUACUUCGCCAUCUCCUACGCCAUAGGCUUCGGCAGCGACGGCUGGGUGUACAAGAACAUCACCAUCGGCAGGAACGGCACUUUCUCCCACCAGUACAUCUACAGCUUCUACUGGUCAACGCUAACACUGACGACCAUUGGGGAGACGCCACAGCCAGAGAAAGACGUGGAGUACUUGUUCGUGGUGGUAGACUUCCUGGUGGGAGUUCUCAUCUUCGCUACCAUCGUUGGCAACGUUGGCUCCAUGAUUACCAACAUGAACGCCGCCAGAGCAGAGUUCCAGAACCGCAUGGAUGGAGUCAAGCAGUACAUGGAGUUUCGCAAAGUGUCUAAGGACCUGGAGACGAGAGUCAUCAAGUGGUUCGACUACCUCUGGAGUAACAAGCAGUCACUUGACGAGGAAGGGGUCCUGAGGUCGCUCCCAGACAAACUCAAGGCGGAGAUAGCCAUCCACGUCCACUUAGACACACUGAAGCAAGUGCGCAUCUUCCAGGACUGUGAACCUGGUCUUUUAGUCGAGCUGGUACUCAAACUUAAGUUGCAGGUGUUCAGUCCUGGAGACUUCGUGUGCAGGAAGGGUGACGUUGGGAAGGAGAUGUACAUAGUGAAGCGUGGUAUUUCUGUGGUGGGGGACGAUGGUAAGGCGGUCUUACGCUACUCUGGGUGUGGCAGUGUCUUCGGCGAGGUCUCCAUCCUGAACAUUGCAGGCAACAAGACAGGAAACAGAAGAACAGCGAACGUGCGCAGUGUUGGUUAUUCUGACCUCUUCUGUCUUUCUAAAGAUGACCUCUGGGAUGCCCUUACCGAGUACCCCGAGGCAAAGAAGUCUCUGAUGGAGCGAGGUCGUCAGCUUCUCAUGAAGGAUGGUCUGCUGGACGAGGAGGGAAUCAAGGCCGCUCAGGAGCAGCAGGAAACCAUGGUAGAAAAAGUUAAUCGCUUCGAGAGUGCCAUUGACACGCUCAACACCCGGCUGGCCCGCCUUCUGGCGGAGUACUCCAGCGCGCAGCAAAAGGUGAAGCAGAGACUGACCAGACUGGAGAGACGGCUUGACUUCGACUCGGAGCUGACGAACCCAGCCUCGCCCCACCUCAGCCCACACUACCCUGCCUCUCCAAGUGUGUGCCCGUCUCCAUUCCCACUUGGGGCAACGCCUGUAUCACGUCAGCAGGAGACCCCACAUGUCUCCGAUCCCCACCCCACCACUGAGGAGACCCUAGCCAGUGGUUCCUCCAUAUCCACCCAUCAGGAUACCAUCAUCUCCAACACCAGUGUGCCAUCAGUGCCCACUGAGACAACAGGGAAUGGCAAUGAUAAAAGUCAUGCCACCUACCCAGCAGUGCUCAUCUCUACCCUUGCCUACACCUACCAUUAUCGUGCCUCCCUCACCUGUGCGCAGGGACACUAUCUAACAUUUCCCUAAAGUUGUACUAAACUAUUACUCUUACAGUAUUACAACAUCUGAAAAAAAAUCAUUUUUGUAUUUAUAAAAUGCCCAAAAUUGUUGU